AUGGGGAACCAGGCUGGAAAGAAAAGUAGCAAUACAGGAAGUCCUGUAAAGUCAAAAGCCAGUAAAACUAAUUCCCCCAAAAAGAUAGGUACCGUCCAGUCCAGCGAUAGGACAGCAGCAUCCUCGACAUCAGCAGUGGCCUCCAAAACAUCUCUUAAGAAACAGGUUAUUCAAAAAGAUCAAACACAACCAACAAAAGGAACAGACACAACAUCUUCCACUGGACAGAAAAAACUUUCUCUAUUUGGUAAAGAGAGUGUCAAGAAAUCAAAUUUGAUUGUGGCAGCCAUUGAUUUCGGAACUACAUAUUCUGGAUAUGCAUAUUGUACAAGAGAGUGGUACAAGAACCCUGGAGGACCCAAAAUUCACUUAAAUACCUGGGCAGCAAAAACUUCAAUGACAUCUAAAGCACCUACGUGUGUCCUACUGGACGCGGACAAAAAGUUCAAAAGUUUUGGUUAUGAAGCCAACUGUGAAUUCCAAGAUGAUGAAAAUGUUGCAGAUGAAUGCUAUUUCUUUAAGCACUUCAAAAUGAAGCUACAUGAAAUGAAGGAUGAACUUACGAGAGACACGAUGCUCGAGUCCGAGAACGGGAAGAAAUUGCCAGCAAUCAUUGUAUUUUCAACUGUCAUAGAGUUCUUCAAGGAUAAAUUACUAAAAGAUCUGGAUUUCAAGGAUACUCAGAGUAUGUUCUGUCCAUCUGAUAUUCAUUGGGUACUCACCGUUCCGGCGAUCUGGAAUCUUAAAGCCAAGCAGUUUAUGAGGGAGGCAGCACACAAGGCUGGGAUAGAGGACAGUCAGUUAACUUUGGCACUGGAGCCAGAGGCAGCAUCAUUGUAUUGUAGGAGGGUGCCCAGCAGUGUUGUUAGAGCACCUGGUGAUGGCCCUUCUAUAGCCAAAUUCCAAGCAGGCACCAAAUAUCUUAUAAUGGACCUUGGAGGGGGAACAAUUGAUAUAACAGCCCAUGAAGUACUGGAGGAUGGCUAUUUGAAGGAGAUCAAUGAACCCACAGGGGGCUAUUGGGGAGGCCAAAGGGUCAAUGAGGAGUUCACACGCUUUCUGCAACGCUUGUGUGGUCAAGAUGUCCUAAGUGAUCUGCAGGAUUCUUUUCCAGGUGAUUGGCAAGCUAUUGUUGAUGAGUUUGAAAGGAAGAAAUGUUCAUAUGAUCCUAAUGGAGUGACAGAAAAAAUCACCUUUCGCAUUCCAUUAACUCUUGUAGAAGAAUAUGAAAAUAUGACCGGAUGUAAUUUACAGGAAGCAGUCAAUGAUACAGUAUUCAAGGACAAGGUGGAAUUUAAAGGUGAUAAAAUGAGAGUUGACAAAACCAUCUUUAAAGACUUUUUUGAGAAAUCUACGACAAAUGUUGUUCGUGAAGUGGAGAAGUUGUUGGUUGAGAACCCCAAGUUACAUGAUUUGAGGACCAUUCUUGUUGUAGGGGGCUAUGCCGAGGCUUUGUUGAUGCAGAAAGCCAUCAAAGAUAAAUUUGAACACAAGUACAAAAUUUUGAUUCCUGCAGACCCUCAACUAGCCAUUCUGAAAGGUGCUGUGAUGUAUGGGUUUGAACGGGAUGCAAUCAGGUCACGUGUGUGUAAGUACACAUAUGGUAUAGGUCACCAAAGGAAGUUCAUACAAAAAGCUGAUGACCCGAAUAAAAUGAGAAAGCAUGGUAGCCACAUUUACGUGGAUGACGCAUUUGACAAACAUGUCACCAAAGGUGAUUUGGUACAAUAUGGGGUAUUCCAAGAGGGAAAAGACUACCACCCAGUAAACGAUGAUCAGACACAGGCAUGGUUUGACUUUUAUGCUUCAGAUGACAGGGAUCCCAAAUUUGUGUACGAGCAAUCUUGUAUCUGCCUUGGGUUUGUGGGAGUGGAAUUAUCACGUAGAGGACGUGGAUUGGAUGCCACUGUAACUCUGGAGAUCAACAUAAGUGGCACGGACAUAGAGGUUCGGGCUACUGAAAAAAGGACAGGAAAUAUCACAAAGGCGUUCUGCAACUUCCUUGGCUAAUAGUGAACUCUUAAAAAAAACAAAUGACUAACAAAAUUUGUUGUUUUCAUAGAGAGUUUGUUCUUUGUUGGUGUCAUUUUUUCUUCUCUGUCACAAGUUGCAACAAAUAUUGACAGCUGCAUAUGUAUUUUUACUAUAGUCUUAAAUUGGACAAAUUUGA